AUGCCCUCUAAGGUUGCUUUAAUGCCUAAACAGAAGUUUUCUGCUGAUGUGUUUAGUGAAACGAAUUACUAUCCCACUCCUACAGAGAAAGUAAUAACAUAUGCGAAGAGUGAUACCGGAACGCGUAAAAACAAACAUCAAAUACUGACAGCAGAUAUAUAUGCGUUGAUUGCAAGUUUGACUUCACCAAUUGAAGACGUGGACUAUGAGUUGUUUGCGGAUUUUUUUCUGGUAUUUCGAAAGUUUAUUAGUACUGAAGAUUUGGUGGAAAUUCUAAUUUGCCGAUUUGAUUGGGCGCUGCAGGAGGUUUUGGGCAGUACGGAUAAGGAGAGGAAGAGGAUUGGGGAGAUUACGCUGGUUCGGACGUUUGUGCUGCUUAGACACUGGAUUAUUAAUUAUUUUGCAGAUGAUUUCCUUCCCUCUCUUCCUGUUCGUGAGCGGUUUCUUACUUUCGUGAAUCCAUCUCAUUUUAGUAAGAUGGCGAUAAGGAACAUGACAAUGGUGACCAAUAUUCUUGUCGCGCUGAAAAAGGCCUGGGUCUAUACUGCCAAGAUGAUGUGGAGUGACUUUGACCCGGUGACGGAGUUUAAGCUGGUGACCGCGAAUGAUUGGCUAGAUUUUGAGAUCCGCGACGCGACUCAGUUGCGUACUCCUACGGGAGAUCGGAGGGAGAGCAAGUUGAGUGAGUACGCUUUAAAUAGCCGCAUGAACCCCAGCUUCCGUAAUGAAAGCAUUCUAUCGCUUUACAAUGCCAGGGAAAACUUCCAGCUACCGACAAGGGCCAAGGGAGCGAGUUUAAGAAGUGAUGUCGCAACUCAAAAACGUACUGCGACUAUGUUCUUAUACCCUAAGGACACUUUAGCAUCUUCAAGGCCUUCUCCUAAUUUGUCGAAAAGCGAUGAGACGAUUGUUGCAUCUGAAGAAAGUAAACCUCUGCAAAAAAUUUCGAAUGCCACAAAUGUAUCAGAUGUGAUUAAAGAUGUUGCAUAUCCUGCAAACCCCUUUGUUGAGGUAGUAAUACCACCAACUCCAUCUAAAAAGUUAGAGUUUGUGUUGAAUUCCUCAUGUGUACCCUUGGUGCAGGAUUCCAAUAAAAAUGUAAGGGGGAAGCAACGCAAGGCGAGAAGCCGUUCAGGAAGUCGAACUAUAAGUGGUUUGAUGUCGAAGUGGAAGUUAAAUCACCAUAGAAGAAGCAGUUCACUGCACGGUUCCGUGGAUUUUUCUCCAGAGAUGAAUACUUUCAUUAAAUAUGUUUUUUGCAUCGCUUCUUUAGAUAAUGUAAAAGAUGACAUGAGAGAACUGGUAGAAAUAGAUCCACCUAAAUUUGACAUUUUAAGUGCAAGAACAAUCGACGAAGUUGAGUACCUUGUGGCAAUUGAAAACCACAUUUUAAAUCGAGUAGAAGAAAAUACAGGGAUAGAGCGUACUAUUGAUUUACCAGCUGUUGAAUCAAGCGGUUUAAAAACCAGCGAACCCAGAGAGUUCAGUGUUAUUGAUAACUUGAACAUAUACAAGACAGUUAGCACAAUCGCGAGCUCCGUUUAUGAGUUGUCGAAACUAAGCAUUGUUCAAAGUCAACAAGAUGCUCUAAUGCCGUCCAUUGCAUCCGUAGUUGGAAAUCGGUCGUACUCAACUACACCUGCACGUGGAAGGCCUAAGGGGGCAGCUCAAACGCCAUUUUCUAGUAAGGAUACAUCUCCUACAGAUGAUGAUGAGCCUACGAAGUUGGUUUUCUUUAAUACAAAAGGAAGGCCAAACGAUAAUUCAAGCGCAAUUUCUACUUUUCUAAAAGCAGAAAAGGAAACUCCUACAGCUUUUUACAGGAAUGAUGAGCCAUAUAGAUCUCUAAAGAAUUCAGAUGUUACUUCAGUCAAUGCUGCUCGGUCUUCCGGGACUACUAUUGAGACAGGGAGAUCUCCACAGGGAGAUUCAAUUUUUGGUUACCGCAACGAAGCUGAAAGUUUGCGAGAUAUCUCUGGUCCAACUUUGAGCAGGAAACAGCAGCAUACUAACUUGCGAGAGUUUAUUUUUGAAUCUUCAGCAACAGAUUUAACGUACAGCACUGACUCUCCUAGGUCGGACAAUCAUACUGAAGUCUCUUCUUACAGUAAUGCAAGGAAUUCACCAAGGAAUAGAUCUGGGGUAGAAAAAGAUACCAAGGAACACUAUGAACCUACUGCUUCAGGUAAUAAUACACUACCACCACUAUCGGUUCCCGGAUACCAGCCAAAAACUAACAGUGACAAUGUUCGUAAUUCAAUUCCACCUGCUAUUCAUAAUUCGAGCAAAGGCCUGUUCCAAAACCAUUCGCCAUGUAAUACGUCUAGUGGUAGGAUAAGUAUCAAUAGGAAGUCUAUACCUGCAUUAAGGGUUUUAACGACUCCUAAUACUCCAGUGCUUGACUCUAGUUUCAUGGAACGUGAGAAAAAGCUUGUCACACAUGAGGCAAGGUUAAAUGCACUAGAGAAGAGCAUCUCGGAGGCAAAAAGUCGCGAAAACGAAAGUUUGCCAAAGUCUGGCACGACCUCCACUAUAGCAACGAGCUUGUUCUUCCUUUCAGCCAAUACCAGUCCUCAAAAAGAUGUCUACCUACAAGAGCACAUCUCAGAGGAGGAAACCUUAGAUAUAUCUGGAGUAGGAGCUAUGAAACUGUCUCAUACUCCUAGUAUUCAAUCAGUUGCUACUGACUGUUCCUCUGGAUCUGACUCAUCUAAUUCUAUCCAAGCUUCUGUAAGCACAGUUUGGUUUCUUUCGCAAACUAGACCUCCAAAUGAAAGCCACGAUAGUUCCAAGGAUUUAAGCAAUGCUGAGUCACUGCUUGGAUUUAGUUCGGAAGAAGACAAGAACAACCUUUUUACUUUGGAUGUUGAUAUAGAUGAGGAAUUGUCUCCUAGACGUGACAUGAAUUAUCUUGCAACCAAAUUCAUGGCCACGAUAGAUACAAAGGAGAGCUCCGAUUUCAAGUCAGUUAAUGAAACUUCAAAAGAAUUAACUGAAACAGAUACCUCUAAACUGCAAGAAGGAAGUAUAUCCGAUGAAACUAUUCAAAGAGUUGGUCACUCUACAGAAGAUCGAAACGCUAAAGUUCAAUCCGAUCCAGUAUCGUUGGCUUUGAUGAAACUGGAAGGAACCCUGAUCAGCACAUCGGACACAGAAGUUGCGGCUGGAGUAGCAAACAGCAUCAGCAGCAGCGAAUUAGCAAAAGAAGUCGAAAAGUUAGAUAUUGGCACAUUAAAGCUACCAAAUGACAUGGCAAACAAGAGGCGGUCAAUGUUUAUUGAAAGACGAAGAACGGUAGCGGAAAUUUCACAAUCAUCUGCUGACUCCAGACAACCUACCCCUGAACCUCCUAGCUUUAUAACUGACGAGCAAAUUAGACUACUUUUGAGUGAGUAUAAAUUACAAGAUACCCGCCUACACGUCACGAAUGUUGACGAGCACCUCCCUUUUAUCUUAAUGUAUGACUCUUUAUCAAUUGCAAAGCAACUUACAUUAAUUGAACGAGAAAUAAUGAACGAAAUUGACUGGAAAGAUUUAAUGGAUUUUAGUAUGGAAAAGACGCUUCCUAAAGUCACAAGCUGGCUGCAACUAUUACUUCACAAUGAGAAAUUGUCUGGAAUAGAUUUAGCGAUUGCAAGAUUCAACCUGACCGUAGACUGGAUAAUAUCUGAACUAUUGAUGACAUCGGAUCCAAAGUUGAGACGCAACGUAAUCCAACGCUUAAUUCACGUUGCAGACCAUUGCAGGGCAUUCCAAAAUUACAAUACAGUAAUGGAAAUUGUUCUUGCUUUGAAUUCUGUUGUUGUUCAAAAAUUCAAGGAAUCGUGGAGACUAAUUGAGCCAGGUGAUAUAUUACUCUGGAAAGAAUUGAAAAGUAUUCCUAGUCUCGAUCGUAAUUAUCAGAAAGUGAGAAAUAUGCUAAACUCCAUAAAUCCAAUUAAAGGCUGUAUUCCAUUCCUUGUAGUAUAUUUAUCAGAUCUGGCGUUGAAUUCCGAAAAGAGAGACUGGAUUGUUCCCGGUAAAGUUGUUAAUUACAAUAAGUUCCAAAGUAAUAUUCAAAUUGUAAAGAAUUUCAUCCAGCGGGUACAAUGGGCGAAAUUUUAUGAUAUUCAACCAGAUCAGGAACUAUUAAGCAAAUGUGUCUAUAUUUCCACUUUAACGCCAGAGGAAAUGGCACAAGUAAGUAAAUUUUGA